UCCUUGGGGUCUCAGCACGUUGCCGCACCUCGGACACGACUGGUAGUUCUAGGAAAACACCCUCCACGUCGUUUCAAGCUAUUUGUUGCUUCUCAACCAUUUUUCAGCUCUGGCAGAGUGAACGAAGCCUCCUGCUAUCGCCCAUAAAACAGCAACAACAUUCACAAUGGUUUCACUACCGAAACGUAUUCUCAAGGAAACUGAUCGACUUCAGAGCGAGCCAGUCCCGGGCAUCAGCGCAGUACCGAGUGACUCGAAUGCGAGGCUUUUCUCCGUCGCCAUUGCUGGUCCAGAGGAGUCCCCGUAUGCUACGGGUCGCUUUAAGCUAGAGCUCUUCCUUCCGGAGGAUUAUCCUAUGGCUCCUCCGAAAGUUCGCUUCCUUACCAGGAUUUACCACCCCAACAUCGAUCGUCUCGGCCGAAUCUGCCUUGAUAUUCUCAAGGAUAAGUGGAGCCCUGCCCUGCAAAUUCGUACAGUGCUCCUUUCCAUCCAGGCCCUUCUCUCUGCUCCUAACCCGGAUGACCCACUCAAUAAUGAAGCCGCCGAUUUAUGGAAGAGCCAGGAGGCUGUCGCCAUGCAAACCGCUAGAGAUUGGACAAAGCAACAUGCCAUGGAGUAGGUCAUGAAGAACAACCAGUAGCUCCACGGAUACCUGAAUGUGUCUAUCGCUGGUACGAAGAUGUAACCACUAAGUGGGACGCCGGUUCCGCUGUUUCGCCCCAGAUUUGAACAACUCGUUUACUUUGCUAUUGUUACUGCAGCAUGCCCGGAUGAUAUUACUGCCAUUUUAACAAGAUUGCUGCUUCCCUGCGCCUACCUCCGCCAAAUUUGUGCUUAGCCCUAUCUCGUCUUAUUUCUUUUGUACGCAGCACAUGGGACAUAUCCCUGUGGGUCUCUGGCGGUUCUUAUUGGAUGCUUUUGAAGCUGCUUUUGAAGCUGCUUUCCAAAGCUGUCUAGAAGCAGUGGCCCCAGCAUCCAACUCGCACACGCAUAGCUUCACCACAAAAGGAACCCGUACUUUCUGAGGUCGUCUUCAACUCGCUCGCUGGGUUGCAGUGCCAGACCAUCCUUUACCAACAGUGUA